UUGACCUUGAACAAUCUGAUUUUGAGGUGCGAAUGCGACAAUUUCUCUUGGCAGGCCGGCAUUUUAGCUCAAUUCUACUUUGUCUUCUUUCAAAUCUUUGCAGCAUCAUCAUCAUACCUCGGAUUAUUAUUAUUAUUAUCAUUAUUAUUAUUAUAUAGUGGAUGGAUUAGUACCACAUCACCUGCGGAUUCUCUCCCCAUAAUCCUCCACUUCCUGUUGAUUGCAUUAUCUGAUUACCCAACAACAAUAAGGGUAUUCAAAUUCACUAGGUAAAAUUGGUUGAUGAUUGUUAUUGCAAUUUUAUCUCUACGUGAAAGGAGGUAUAUAAUUUCCUAGUUUUUUUUAUUCAUAUUAUCAUGUGCUUGUGUAUGUUUCUUGUUUCUGGACAGAGCCCUGAGUAAAUUGAAAGAUAAAAAGAACUGUGAAAAUAUGUGAAAUCCCGUUAAAUUAAUAUCCAAAAGAGCCACGGUUUCAACAUAUAUUGAAGAGAAACGAUCCAAGUCUAGCCGGAGAUCCCUCCAACGGAGGCUGGAUGGGCACAUAUUUGAGAGGGGUUUGGAUGGGUCCUAGUUGGAUAGGUACAGAUUGAUGUAAAGUCCACCUUGCGUCUGAUACCAUGUGAGAAUAGUGGUGGACUCCAUUAGAUUGCUAUCCAAAAGAGUCCUUGAGAGGGAAGGGUUCGAACAUAUAUUGAAGAGAAAUGGUUCAAGUCUAAUUGACGUGGGAUUUUAACAAGAAUUAUAUGAUAUGAUGAGUAAAUUUCCCUGUGGCAAGGGUUUUCUACAUGAAAAUCCUCCAUGAUUACUAUGUAGACAAAUGAUUUCAUUCCCAAAUUUCUAAGAAGCAGGGUAUGGUUGCCAAUAGGGGUGUGCAUAGGUACAAGACCCGGAGGUUUAGAUGAAACCGGGCAUCAACCUGUCAAAAACAGUCUUAAUAUUCAGGAUUAAUCUGGCGGGUUCUUGAUGAAUUCGAAUGACACUUUCAGUGAGGCUUUAUGUAUCUUACUGUCCGGUUUGAAGGCUUACAUCAUGCCAAAUUGUUCUAGGAUUUGAAGCAAUUUGAUAAAGGUAAUUGACCAAAAGAGCAUGGUAUUCAAUCUUGAUGACCAUCAUUGAAGGCUUUAGGGUUUCAAUUUGACAUGGGUAGCUUAGUAAUUGAACAAUCUUGUCCCAUGUCCUAUAUUUUUUGUUCCACCCAUUUCGGCACUCAGGUUCUAUUCUGUCUCAAUCAAACAUCAUGCCAAACGCAGGACAUCAAAUUUUGUUUUAUUUUAUCCUGUCUAUCCAGCGUACCAAAGGCACCCUAAAGAGAUGGAGAAGUACCAAAGGGUCUUUGGCCUAGUGGUAUUUGGGUUACCGGUAGAUCCAACCUCCUCGGAGGCCAAGGGUUCACCCUCACCAAAGCUGAUCAGUAUCUUGAGUUUUGUCGUAUAGAAAUACUACAUAUACCAAAAAAAGGGAAAAAAGAGAUGGAGAAGUUAGCAGGCAGGGUUUUUCAUCCAUGUGGAUAUGUAGUUCUAAGAUACAAGUGAACCUGUUCUCAACUAGAAUUCAUUGGGUUUCUUCAUGUCAAGAUCCAUUAAUGGAGUGACAUCAAUGGUGCAAAUCCCGAUGGGGUAAGUAUCCACGGGUUUGAUGGUUCAAUUUGCUGACCUGUGAUUACCAUCACUAAAACUCUCAAUUCAGGUGCUACGCUAUGCAGCUUUGAUGAUAUUCCUCAAUUGUUAGUCACAGAUAAGGCAAUUAAGGACACAGUUAUAUGGAUGUAUAUUAUAGCAAACAAGCUGUUGCUGGGAUCGCUGCCCCAAGAAAGAGAUCAGUCACUGCUUUAAAAGACACUGCUGGCUCUCGAGAUGGAACUUCUCAAUUCUGCAAUCGAAUUGGUUGCUGUGGCAGACUUAACCACACAAAAGGUACUAAAAAUAAAUGCUUAGAGAAACCCAAACCUUUCAAGUCUUCCUUCCGUGCAUCAUCUGGCAAGGAAGUAACAUCUGGUUCAUCCAAGAAUUCCUCUUCAGUGAAAAAAUCCCUCUUGGAAUCAGAGAAAAAACUGUCUUCAAAAGUGGAAACAAUCCCCACUGAAUUAAGCAGUGUUUCAGAUGAGUCUGAAAUUCAAGAACUUAAUGCCUCAGGAAGUCAUAAAGAACGUAAGUUGAAAUCUAGAAAUACUACAGCUAUUAAGACAACUGAAGUUCCAUCAUUGAGCACCAGGAUUAGGAAGGUGUCUGCACCCCAAAUUACUGAUUUUGGGAUCGUGGAAAAAAGUCAAAACGGCAAGAAUGGGUUGAAAAGUUUAAGAUGCAAUACGAUAUCAGAUGGGUAUAGGCAAAAAGAUCCAAAUAGUGAGUCAAACAAUGGCGGAAAGAGGAGUACAGUGAAGAAAAGAUUCACUCAAGGAGAAAGCAGUUCAUCUGGUAAAGGGAAGAGGGUUAGUGGGAUAUCAGCAAAUGAAGGGCAUUCAAGAAAUUGGACAGCUUGCAAACCGAAUGGUGGUUCAUCAGUUCGGACUCGAAGGUCGAUGAACGUGGACCCUCCAACAGGAUCCAUGAAAAGGUUACAUGGAGACAAUUUAUCGUUGGUCCAGUCUAAUAAUGUGAUUCCGGAUAUACAGACUCAAAUAGUUUGGCCUUCUAUAGAGAAUUCGGUAACUGAGACCAGUCUUAGUACUAAUGAUGCGUCAUCGACUAUGGUUUCUGUUACUUCUACAGAUCACCAUCCUGUUGUUCGCUUUGUGAAUCAUAAUGGAACACGGCAUUAUAACAUCGAUGGAGUUGCAGAUGUACUGCUAGCACUUGAUAGGAUCGAACAAGAUGAGGAGUUAACAUAUGAGCUACAGCAAUUAUUGUCGCGUGAGGCCAAUUUAUUCCUCGGUGGCCUUAACUUCUAUGAUCAACAUAGGGACAUGAGACUGGAUAUUGAUAACAUGUCAUACGAGGAACUACUAGUGCUUGAAGAGAAAAUGGGUACAGUGAGCACAGCAUUAUCUGAAGAUGAAUUAUCAAAAUGCAUCAGAAUAAGCAUAUACGAGUCUUUGCAAUUGGAAGAUGGAAGAAUGAGGUGCAGUUGGGGUGCUGAUGACAGCAAAUGCAGUAUUUGUCAGGAAGAGUUUGUGAGAGGAGAUGAAAUAGGAAGGGUGGGAUGUGGGCAUGGGUACCAUACUCCAUGUAUCAACCAAUGGCUGCGAUUGAAGAACUGGUGUCCCAUUUGCAAGGCUUCACCAUCAUCUUCACCUUAGAAAAUUCUCUUUUCUUGCCUAUGUACAUACACAUUUACAUUAAACCCAGGCUUCUUAGCCUUGUGG